ACCAGGAGGGCUACUCCACCUAUUGCCAAUUGGUUUUAGGUUGGAUGCAAGUCUUGUGUUGAGCCCACAUGCACGAUUUUCACAGAGUUCAUGGACACUUGGAGCUAGGGGAUCAUUGUGCUGAGCAGAUUGAGCAAUUAGAUCCCUCUCACUUGAGUGAACUGUCAAAGGCAGGUCCUGAACCAAUGAAAGCCUCUGAUCUUGCAGAGAUAAAGAAAAAGAAGUUGUCUAGUCACAAUCUUCUGAGAAUUAAGGGUAUGUUCCGUGAGUAUCGAGCAGGUGAUAGAUCUCACCUUGAGAGUGAUAAAAUCUAUGCGUUGCUAAGAUGUUUGAAGGAACAAAUGAAAGAAUUUGGUUAUAUUCCAGAGACAAGAUUUGUACUGCAUCAUAUAGACCAGGAAGGAAAGGAAGAAGCUUUUCUUGGUCAUAGUGAAAGGCUUGCUGUUGUUCAUGGUCUCAUGACUACUGCAGCUCGCUCACCUAUUCGAGUAACCAAGAAUCUUCGUUUCUGUGGUGAUUGCAAUACUUCAAUGAAGAUCAUUUUAAAGAUUGUUGACAGACAGCUCAUAAUGCGAGAUGCUAAGAGGUUCCAUCAUUUCCAGGAUGGUCUGUGCUCUUGCAAGGAUUAUUGGAUUUUAUGUGGUAAUGAAAACCUUCUUCAUGCAAAAGUACAAGAUGAUGGAGAAAAGGCAGGUGUUCCUGAGGAGCUACCAGUUGUGCAGAAAGGGAAGCACGGUGGAAAGGAUGAAGGGAUCGUUGGUGAGGGUGAAGAGGGUGAUAUGGUUGAUGCUCGGAUCGGGUUGGUCCGGUCCAGGCUGUCUAAUUAUAUACAAAAUCACAUUGUAGAGGGUAUAGUUUAGUGGUAAAAGUGUGAUUCGUUCUAUUACUCCCCUUGAUAGUUAAGGGGUCCUUCGAUUUUAUUCUUAAUUUCGAUCAAAACUUUAUUUCUUUUAAAAGGAUUAAAUCCUUUACCUCUCAAUGAAAGAUUGAAGGAAUAAUAUAAUUCUCGUCAUUUGUAUCCAAGGGUCAAUUAUAAAUUGAAAAAUUGGAUUAUGGAAUUUCAAAACAUAAUUAAUUUUGAAUUGGAUGAAGCCUUCCAAGUCAAUAAGUAUUAAAUAAAGGAUCUAUGGAGAA